GUUUGAUUUAAUUUGAUCAUUAAUAAAAAACAAGAGAUGUGACAAUUUGGGGAUUUAAAAUGUAGUUUACGUUCACAAUUUUAAACACAAUGUAUCUUUUUCUUUAGCCUGAUGGGGGAAAUGACAGAUAUGCCAGAACAUUUAUUUUGAACUGUUCGAGCUCCAUACUUCCUUCUGACGACUUCAACCUGCCGGGAAACGAACCGAGGUCGUUGUCUGCAGACGAAGGGACUUCGCGGUGAACGGAUCUGCGAGCAAAAUGAACGUCACUGAAAAGAAGCUGGCCGAGCUGAUCCGCGAUCAUCCGAACCUGUACGACCAGUCACGCCGGGACUACAAAGACAACCUGAAAGGGCAUUUAUCGUGGAAAGAAAUCGCUGACGCCAUGGGAAAGUCGGAGGACGAACUGAAGGUAAAAUGGAAAAAUCUGCGCGACAAGUUCUGUAAGGCGAAGAAACGAGUGGCCAAGAGAAACAUCCUCCAGCUAGAUGGCGACGACAACCCGUUGGAAAGACAUGUCCCAGUGCUGUACAGCCAGCUGGGCUGGCUGAACGCUUAUGUCAGACCCCGAAUCGAACCUGGUGUGGCGGAGUCAGAGGAGGUAACUGGUAGAGCAGAAGACCCAGAGAAAGAGCAAGAUAAAGAGGAGAAGAUGCAGCACAAUUCCAUGCCUGUUGUCAGCACUAGUUUUUCUCCUGUGGAGCCAUUUCCAAACAGCCACCCAGAUGUUGGGGUCUCUCUUAAACGCAAAAGGCAAACAACCACAGAAACUGAGAUAAACUCUGCAGAUGCCCUCAGCAGCAGCCUCAGAGAUGAAGAUGAACUGUUUUUGCUUAGCCUACUACCCUCACUGAAGAGGCUAACAAUUAAAAAAAGGAUGGAGGUGAGGAUGAAGUUUCAGCAGGUGCUAUAUGCUGCAGAGUUUGAGGACUAAAAUGCUUCAGAGGGACAAAGCCCUUAAUACAUGUAGAGGUUUGCUGUCUCGUCUGUGCAGUCCUGGUCAGGCAUUCAGUCUGUAAAAAGAUAUUUUUAAGCAUUAUAACUCAUUAAUAUUUAUUUUUGUAUCCCUGUUACAGAAAGAUAUAAAUAUGUUUUUUUUAGAGUCCAUUGCUGUGAGUGUGGAAUAUUUAUCAAGUGGUGUGUCUCUUGACUUCAAAGCAGAAAAGUCUCACUGUCCCUCGUUUUGAAUUAAGGUUAUAGAGAGGCCUUUUUGUUACUAUUUAUGACCUGGAGUUAUGAUUUAUUAUAUUUAUCAGCCACAUAUGCAGUAAAAUCUAAUCAAGUCAAAUGAACCUGAUCAUCCCCAUCGAUUACCUGCUUCUUAAAACUCAUAAUGUCAUGUUGGUUUAACUGUUUAACCAGUUAUUUAAUAGCUAUUCUCUUCUCUGCAUUAUAUAGAUUUGGAAAACUAUUGUUUCCUUUAACUCUUAGAAAACAUAAACUCCAUACAUAAACUUCUGUUUCCUGAUUAAUUUAACAUAUUUUUUAGACUCAAUAGAGCUCACUGUACAUGAAAAACUUUACCUUGUUUUCCUGGAGGGAGCCAGUGCUGCUGUUUUAUCAUUUAAAAAUAAAUAUUUUUCAUGCUCCAGAGAAACUUAAUUCUCUCCGGGUGUUUUUUCUUCCCUUUGUACUCUGUUCACAAAUGUCUGACCACAGCACAGCAUCUUUGCUCACAGAUAUACAGACUUUAAAGAGAAAGAUUAACAAUAGUCAACAUUCAGCUGGUGCUGUUAAAGAUCAUCACUGCUUUAGAAAUGUUGGA